UCUCUCUCUCUCUCUCUCUCUCUCUCUCUCUCUCUCUCUCUGCCGCUCUCUCUCUCGGUGACUACAGUUCUUCUUUGUAGCAGGUUCUACUGUGCAGGUCUUCUUCUCUGCUCACUGAAAUCCUCUCAGCCAGUAAGAUGAGAAAGUAAAAUCAGGUUGCUUCUACUGUAUGUUAGCGGAGGGAGUAUUCAUAGUCAUCUUCGAGAAAUCCUUUGGACUACGGAGGAGCGUACUCUCGUUGUGUAGAGCUAACCCGAGUGAAAUUAAGACAAGGAACCAAGUCAUGCAUUCGCUUUCCAUUCUCCUUCUGUUGGUGUGUGUUACACCAUUACCUGCUCCGUCCAUUGCCUUGCCCUUCCAAAGCAAGGACCUCCCAGACCUUGGCAAGAGCAUUAAUCUUGAAGGCCUGAUGAUGAUGAUGAUGAACGAUGGCGAGGGUUCGGGCUAUGAGGAGGAGCUUCCUUCGCCAGACUAUGUAACUUGCCCGUUCGGAUGUCAGUGCCACCUCAAAGUAGUGCAGUGUUCAGACCUGGGUUUGCAUUACGUGCCAUAUGAUAUCCCCCAUGAUACACGACUGCUGGACCUGCAAGGCAACUACAUCACAGAGAUCAGAGAGAAUGACUUCAAGGGUCUGAGCAACCUCUAUGCUUUGGUGUUAGUCAACAACCUCAUCUCUAAAGUCCACCCACGUGCCUUCUUGCCCCUCACACGUAUGCAGAAGCUCUACUUCUCCCACAACCAGCUCACGGCUGUUCCUAGAAACCUGCCCCCCUCUCUGGUGGAGCUACGAAUUCACGACAACCACAUUAAGAAAAUAGCAUCUGGAACCUUCUCUGGUCUGGGCAACAUGAAUUGUAUUGAAAUGGGCCGUAAUCCCAUCAAGAACAGCGGUUUGGAGCCAGGCGCAUUUGACGGGCUCAGAUUGAACUUCCUCCGCAUUUCAGAGGCCAAGCUCACAGGCAUCCCAAAAGACCUCCCCGAUACUCUCCAUGAGUUACACUUGGAUCAAAAUCAAAUUCAGGCCAUCGAGUUGGAAGAUGUGAGACAAUAUGGGGAGCUGUACAGGCUGGGCCUCAGCUACAAUAAGAUCCGAAAUAUUGAGCAUGGUAGCCUGUAUUACUUGCAAAAACUGCGUGAGCUUCACUUGGACAACAACCUGCUUACCCGUGUGCCCGGUGGUCUGCCAGAGAUGAAGUACCUGCAGGUGGUGUACCUGCACUCCAACAACAUUAGCCGCGUCGAUGUGAAUGACUUUUGCCCUCGGGCCCUCAGCAUGAAGAAGGCCUUUUACAACGGUAUCAGUCUCUUCGGCAACCCAAUCCAGUAUUGGGAGGUGCAGCCCUCCACCUUCCGCUGCAUCAGUGACAGAAUGGCCAUUCAAUUCGGCAACCAUAAGAAAUAA